GUCUGCGGGUCGCGACGCCCCGAAAACGAGCGGGCGGUGCCUGUCGCUGGGGUGCGCUCAGUGGGCCUCCUUGGCCUCCUGGGGGCGCGCUAGCGUAUUUUACUUCCGGGUCACACCGUGGUGACCCCCCCCCGGAAGCCGGAAGCGAGAAUUUUAGCCAAGGGAGAAGGGAAGGGCGAGCACGGAACUCGGGCUCUCUCGGGGUGCCGGGAUUCUCAGCGUUCGCGGCGCGUGGCUCCCGCCCUUCUCGCGCCGGGCCGACUCUGCUGGUUGGUUGGUCCUCGUCCCCGAAGGCAGCGCGGAGUCGGAGGGUGUUCCGCCGCCCCCGAGUCGCCCCGGAGGUCCCGGCUGCCCCCUCCUGCUGGGCCCGGCCCGUUUCUGCCCUGCGCUCUGGAGCACCGGCCGAGGCGGACCGAAUUCAGGACCCAGGCCUAACUUGGUGGAUGAACAGGCCCCCCUGGAAGAGUCAGCCGUGUGCGAUGGUGCAGCCCGGUGGCGGCCCGGCAGGGGAGCAGGACGCACUCGGGGAGGAGCCCACGCUGGGGAAACCAGCCAUGCCCCACCUGCCUGCGGAGCACAUGCCUGAGGCCCUCCAGCGCUGUCUGGAGGAGAACCAAGAGCUCCGAGAUGCCAUCAGGCACAGCAACCAGGUGCUGCGGGGGCGCUGUGAGGAGCUGCAGCGCCUCCACGGCAGCCAGCGCGAGGAGAAGGCAUUCCUGCUGCACAAGUUCAAGGAGGCCAGGGCGCUGGUGGAGAGGCUGAGCCUGGAGAAGCUGGAGCUGAGGCGGCAGUGUGAGCAGGCGCUACAGGAGGUCGAGCACCUGAAGAGAUGCCAGCAGCAGAUGGCCGAGGACAAGGCCUCGGUGAAGGCCCAGGUGACGUCCUUGCUGGGGGAGCUGCAGGAGAGCCAGAGUCGAUUGGAGGCCGCUACCAAGGAGCGGCAGGCUCUGGAGGGCAGGGCCCGAGCGGCCAGCGAGCAGGCCCAGCAGCUGGAGAGCGAGCGGGAGGCGCUGCAGCAGCAGCACAGCGUGCAGGUGGACCAGCUGCGCAUGCAGAACCAGAGCGUGGAGGCCGCGCUGCGCAUGGAGCGCCAGGCUGCCUCGGAGGAGAAGCGGAAGCUGGCGCAGCUGCAGGUGGCCUAUCACCAGCUCUUCCAGGAGUACGACAAGCACAUGAAGAGCAGCGCGGUGGGCGGUGAGCGGAGCAGAGGAGUGCAGCUGGAAGAUCUGAAGCAGCAGUUGCAGCAGGCCGAGGAGGCCCUGGUGGCCAAACAGGAAGUGAUCGACAAGCUGAAGGAGGACGCCGAGCAGCACAAGAUCGUGAUGGAAACCGUCCCGGUGCUGAAGGCCCAGGCGGACAUCUACAAGGCGGACUUCCAGGCGGAGAGGCAGGCACGGGAGAAGCUGGCCGAGAAGAAGGACAUCCUGCAGGGGCAGCUGGAGCAGCUGCAGUGGGAGUACAGCCGCCUGAAGGCCAACUGCCAGGAGUCCGCCAGGUUCGAAGAUCUGCGGAAGCGGCACGUAGAGGUCUCCCAACCGCCCUUACCUCCUGCCCCAGCUCACCAUUCCUCUCACCUAGCCACGUCUGGCCAGAGGAGGGUUCCCCCUGAGGAGCCGCCCGACUUCUGUUGCCCCAAGUGCCAGUACCAGGCUCCCGACAUGGACACGCUGCAGAUCCACGUCAUGGAGUGCAUCGAGUAGGGGUGCGCUGGCCGGCCGGACGCUGCGGAUGCAUUUCCCUCUCCCUCUCCCUGAGCUGUGGGCUGGGGGCAUAGCCCUGGCUACUUCUUUGAACCCCAAGAGCUAGCUGUAGGCCCUGCGCUUCAGCUCCCCCGUUCUCUGCCUUCUCUCUUGUAGGGCGCAGAGAGCCUUGGCCAGGCUCCAGGCUCUUUCUGUUUGUUCCGUCUGCUUGAACCGCUUGCCUCUGGGGUCCCCUCUUUUUCCACUGCCGCAGAGUGGGGGUGGUCAAGGAUCAAGGCCGGGGCUCUCAGGGAAGGCUGCUUGCCCCGGCCAGCUGUGGGCUGCACCAUGGCGAGUUCAUCCUGCCUGCUGCGAUCUGUGCUGUGUCAGCCACGUCUGCCUUGGGGUCGAAGCCUUUGAAGCAGCACCGUUUACAUCUGCAGGUGGCAGGUGGAGCACCCCCAGUGUCUUCCUGCUCCCUGUUCCUUCCCCAGAGCCCUGUGGACUGGCGAGCCUCAGGCUGGGCUGCAUCUGAGACCUGCCCUGCCCUGCCCUCUUGGGCCAGGGCUGGCUGUGACAUGCCAUGCCCUCGGGCUGUGCUCUGCGAAGCGUGUGCCUGAUGCCUCUGGGCCGCAGGCUCCUGUUCAGUCUGUUAAUGGUUUGCUUCAGGCCAGUGUUUGCUUCAGGCCAGCAAUCUCAGGCCUUGUCUGAGAUGCUGUUUGGUCAUCAGUGGGCGCUGGGGCAUUUGGCCCGACGUUUGCUGUCUCCUGUGCUCACGCUCACCCUCUCCGUUACUUCUGGUGUGCAGUGGCUGCCAGCGGCUAAGGGAGCAGCGCUGCCCACGUUGCACUCUGUCCCUCCUCCUGACGAAGCUGUGCCGGCUAGGCGAGUACAGGAGGGGUCUGCGCUUUACUGGGAUCCUGUUUCCUGGGCUUUCGCAGCUGGGGCGUCACCCUGCAGCCAAGCAGCAAGUGGGAGCGCAGAAAGGAAGCAGGUCCUUUCCUCCUGUGGCCCAUCCUUGGCCUUUGGGUGGGGCUUCUGUUCUGGGACCUGGGGCAGCAUGGGAGUGUGGGACAGAGGCCCCGCCUGGGCAGGACCUUCCUCAGUAUCCGCAGGGCCCUAAAGCCAGAGCUGCCCAGACAGCAUCUGCACUUGUGGGCGCCACGUCUCAACCCCCAUCCUGCCGUAUGCUACAAGAGCACUUGUAGUUUGGGGGUGCAUUUGCUUCCUGUGGCUGCUGGAACAAAGAACCAGAACCUUCGUGGCCUGAAACAGUAGAAAUUGUCUCCCACUUUUGGAGGGCCAAAGUCCAAGGUCAAGGUGUGGGCAGGGUUGGUUCCUUCUGGAGGCUAUGAGGGCACUUGGCCUUGGGUUUCUUGGCUGGUACAGGUGCGCGCUUAUCUUGGCCUCACGUGGCCUCUUGUCUCUUACAAGGGUACCCGGUGCUGGAUGCAGGGGCCAGGUGGUUAAUGCUCGUCCUUUCCUGUUAUGUCUACAGAGACCCCAUUUCCAAAUAAGGCUAUAUCACAAGUUUCAGGUUGUAGGAUGUGGACAUAUUUUGGGGGGCUACACGUGACACCAAGGACUUUAGACCCUGCCAUUUGCUGCCAAGUGAGGGAGUCUGCUUCCUCCCCAUCUGGCUUGGCUUCAAGGGCCUCCCGAAUAAGGAGUUACUUUAGGGCACCAGUGGCGGCAACACGUAGGAAAGCAUGUCAAGACAGCAACAAAAGAAGGUGAUGUUCCUGCUGGCAAGGGGCAGACGGCAGGCCUGUCACCCCUCUGGGCCGGCGUGGUGGGAUGGAACAGGCACUUCGGAAGUGUCCCCAGGCCUCACUGUGACUCUGGCCUUGCAGGCCUCACUGUCCUGUCAUCUGCACGAACUGAGCAGGGUGGCACCUGUGCAGGCACCAGCGAUGGGCUGCUCACGGGGUGUUUCCUGGCACGCUGUGGUGAGAGCCAGGAGACUGCAAGUCAAGGGUGACGCUGACAACGUAAAAGCGAGUGUGCCUGCCUCGUGGGUGGGUGUGGCGGGAGGAGGGGUGCCUCGGCGCCCCUGUGUUGUGUGUACUGUGUAAGUGCCAGAGUUUGCAUGGAUUUCUUUGAUACCCAGACAAUACAUCAUUACCGCAAAGUCUGCCUGCUGCGUGCUGCUGUCCGGUGGUGCGGCUGUUGCUGGAAGGGCAGGUGCAGGGGUGACCGCGGCAGCGCCUGUGCUGGGCCUGCUGUGACAGAGCAGCACAAGUGGGGCCUGAGCUAAAAUGGGCUGCCGCCCGCUUCUGGGGGCCCGGAGUCCGAGAUUCAGGUGUGGGCAGGGCGGGUUCCUUGUGAGCAGGGUGCAGCCUGGGCUUGGAGGCGCCUGCGUCUCCCCUGAGCUGGCACGUCAUCUCCCCUCGGCGUCUGUGCCCGGAUCCCCCCUUUUUAUCGGGCUCUCCCAUUGUGUCGGGUCAGGCCACUGCCUGACUUUGAGCUUGAUCACCUCUGCACAGACCUGGUCUCCAGAUCAGACCACCUUUGGUUAGGUCCCCCACACCCUUUUUGGACACGGCUCAACCCAUCCCAGAUGGAUAGCCUAACCCUAUUUUACGGGAGGCUGGAGACAGCGAUGGGUCCGUCUUUUGUGUUAGAAAACGUGGUGGCAGCCUGGUCCAUACUGUGGCGAGGAGGUGUCUGUGGUGAGCUGGCUGCCGAGUGUUGGGACAGUGACAGGGCCAGGAUGACCUUGCAGCCAGGACCCCAGGGCCUGCCCAGAGAGAAGCCAGUGGGUGGUGCCAGGGCCAGGACAGGGUACUGCUAGAGGCACUUGCCCUGAGCACAUCUGCCGUGGGUACCGAGCCUUGGUCUCCGCAUCUGUGAGAGGGCACCCAUGUCACCUUUACAGUGGCCAGGGAUGGGGGUGGACCGCGCCUUUGGGGUCCCACUCUCCGGUGUGGGCAAAGCCUUGGGGCCGGGGCUGUUGUGGUUACCCUCCGGGCAGUGCUAGCACACAGCGGCCUCCACUCAGAGGCCCCGGCGCAGGCAGUACAGGUCAGAGUGGGGCAGUGUGGUGCGGGUGUGGCCAGC